AUGUCAAUCCGAGUUCUAUUGCAUAUGCAAGACGAACUGAGCGAAUUAGAGCAAAGGCUCAGGGCGCUGGAUACGGCCGAUUGGACUUCCGGGAAUGCCAUAGACCUGUACUCCUUGCACUCGCGAAGAAAUGAUCAGAACAUUGAACGAAAAGCCAUUAUGACAGCGUUGGAGCGCAGGAUGUAUCAAUAUCAGAAGCGGCUGUAUAUACAUUCACAAUGCUUGAAAAUGGAAAAAGCGCGAGACAUGUACGCCGACAGCGUCAGUCAUUGGAUCGAUGGCCGCAAACCCGUCGUCGAAGAAGAAUCACAUUGGAUCGAUGAACGUGACGACCUAGCGAGUCUGGGACUCAAAGUCGAAGACUACCACCUUUUCGAGAAGUGGGCGGAAGAGAAAUUCUCUCGGGUCUUUGUUACAAAGAAUCGACCACUCUUUGGUGAAGAAGUGCGCUUCUACUCGUCGACAACCAUCCGCCGGGUGGUCAGAUGCUUCUUGACUCUGAUCAGCGUCAUCAUCCUCAUUGGCCCACUCUUUGCUUUGUCCUACACCGAGAGACAAGAAUAUCGUUUGACACUCAUUGCCUGUUUUUCGUUGGUCUUUGCCUCGGCGAUCGCCUUCGUAACGAAGAGCCGGAAUUUCGAAGUUUUUGUGGCGACGGCAGCCUACGCUGCAGUGCUGGUAGUUUUUGUUGGGAAUAACUAUGAGGGCCAAUAA